AGAUGGUAAAAUACCGGAUAGCAAAAUACCGGAUGGUAAAGACAGAGAAGGUAAACUACCGGAUGGUAGAGAUAGAGAUGGUAAAAUACCGGACGGUAGAGACAGAGAUGGUAAAAUACCGGAUGGUAGAAACAGAGAUGGUAAAAUACCGGAUAGUAAAAUACCGGAUGGUAGAGACAGAAAAGGUAAACUACCGGAUGGUAGAGACAGAGAUGGUAAAAUACCGGAUGGUAGAGACAGAGAUGGUAAAAUACCGGAUAGUAAAAUACCGGAUGGUAGAGACAGAGAAGCUAAACUCCCGGAUGGUAGAGACAGAGAUGGUAAACUACCGGAUGGUAGAGACAGAGAUGGUAAACUACCGGAUGGUAUGCUCAAAGCCAGGAGGCCUGGAGAUGGAAGCCUCCAGUCACGUGACGAUGAUCCACUGACGUCACGCGCUGAUGACCCAGUGACGUCACGUGCUGAUGAUCCACUGACGUCACGUGCCGAUGAUUCACUGACGUCACGCGCUGAUGACCCAAACACGUCACGUGCAGAUGACCCAGAUACCUCACGUGCAGAUGACCCGUCUGCAGCUACACGCCAGUUAAUACGAGCUCUCCUUGACGGUACUCCCGUCGACGCCACUGGAUUACCUGGCCGCAAAAGAUUAUCGCUCGAUAAUCCUAACGACGAUGCUAGUGUAGGUGCACCAAUAGAUAAAGACACCGCGAGGCUUAUUUCUGCUAUUGUAUUGGGCAGUGGCGUCGAUAUCAAGAAAGCGGAUUCAAAGAAAUUCAAGCAGACGGACAAGGGCCCGUUUGAUGCGCAGGCAGACGAGACUGCGGGUAACAGACGACUCGAUUCCCGCCAACAACCAAGUGUGAACAUGGAACCGGAAGCGGAAGCUGACACGAGUCUUGCUGUGCCAGGAGAUGACGGAAGUCGAGUUAAGUCUGAUCGUAUGGAGGGCGGGGAGAAGAGGGAAGUUUCGGAGAAGGGAAAGAAAAGUGAAGUUUCGGAGAAGGAAGAGAAAAGUGAAGUUUCGGAGAAGGAAGAGAAAAGUGAAGUUUCGGAGAAGGAAGAAAAAAGUGAAGUUUCGGAGAAGGGAAAGAAAAGUGACGUUUCGGAGAAGGAAGACAAAUUGAAAAGUAAAAGCAAGGUCAAAAAUAUGUCAGAUGUGAAGGAAAACGACGAAAAGGUGGAUGUGUUAAGGGGUAAGGAAAAACUAGAAUCGAAAAACAAGGAUAAAGUUGAGCCGAGUGGUCGAAAAGAAACGAAACGAAAUUUGGUUGCGGACGCGAACUCCGAAAACACAUCGCGGUUCGGAGCGAGUUUGAAAUCAGAAGCAGGAGAAACGCGCCCCGGGGGUAGGCACAAGGGGGGUGAGGAUUUUGAUGCGGAGAAUUCUAGAAGUGAACGUCAGAACGAGCCAGAAAAAUAUAAAACACACCGCAGGCACGGUGGUAAGAAACAGGAAAACUUGGAUUCUGUACCGGGGCUUAAUGAUGAUAUUAUACAUGGAAUUGAGGAAGAAACGAAAAAAAUACUGGAUCUAUUCAAAAGUGAGAAACGGAAAAAUAAAGGUUAUAAUAUACUACAAGAACUAGAUCCUGAUGAUUUACAACAAUUUGGAUCAAAGAACUUGGGAAAGAAAUUUGAUAAGGGGAGAGAAACGGAGGGAACAAACGGUAAACUUUAUGAGAUGGGAGGGAAAUCAGGCAAGAUGAAGACCGUGGUAGAUAGUUCUAGAAGACCUUUCCCGGUGGGCAGAGAUGCUGUCCGGGUGGCACCAGAGGCCAAAAGAGAUGGGGUCGAUUCUGCGCAAGCUAAGCCAAAAAUAAACACCGCGCCUAGAGGAAGGAAUGACGUAACCGCUGACAAUAAAAUGUUAAAAGAUCCUAAUAUCUUGGGAGAUCAGCUUGAUGGUAGAGAGCGAGUGAGAAAAGUUGACGCGAUGCCUUUUUUAAGUAGCAUACUUGAUACGCCAGACGUUAGGGGUGGUAGAUCUACAUCUCAGGAGAGAAGUAAAGAUAACAAACCAGCACAAAGUAAAGAUAACAGACCAGCGCAAAGUAAAGAUAACAAACCAACACAAAGUAAAGAUAACAGACCAGCACAAAGUAAAGAUAACAGACCAGCACAAAUAGAGGAUAACAGACCAGCACAAAUAGAGGAUAAUAAACCAGCACAAAUAGAGGAUAACAGACCAGCGCAAAGUAAAGAUAACAGAUCAGCGCAAAGUAAAGAUAACAGACCAGCACAAAGUCAAGAUAACAGACCAGCACAAAGUCAAGAUAACAGACCAGCACAAAGUAAAGAUAACAGACCAGCACAAAGUGAAGAUAACAGACCAGCACAAAGUAAAGAUAACAGACCAGCACUAAGUAAAGAUAACAGACCAGAACCAAGUAAAGAUAACAGACCAGCACAAAGUAUCGAUAAAAAGGCAGAACAAAAUAAAGAUAACAAGUCAGAAAAAAGUAAACAUACAAAAGAAGGAGCAGAACAAAGUAAAGAUAACAGACAAGAAAAAAGUAAAGAUAAUAGAUCAGAAAAAAUACUAUUACAAAAUGGAACUGAUAGACCAGAAAAUGCUAAAGAUAACAAACCAGAUCAAAGUGAUGAUGGUGAAGAAGAACAAAGUAAAGAUAAUAAACCAGAACAAAAUAAAGAUAAUAGAGAAAAACAAAGUAAAGGUUACAAGAAAGAACAAAGUAAAGUUAAAAAACAAGAAUCAGAACACAGUAAGGGGAAUAAACCAGAACAAAAUAAAGAUAAUAAACUAGAAAACGAUACCAAUAACAGACCAGAUCAUAGUGAUGUUAGAAAAGAAAAACAAAGUGAACGAAAAGGGGAUACUAAACUAGAACAAAUAGAAAAUAACAAAGGCGAGCUAAGUAAAGCUGGUAGACCAUACCAAAGUAAAGACAAUUUAGCAGAGGCAAAUAAAGACAAAACACCAGAAAAGGGUAAAGGUCGUCCUAAGUCAGGUAAAAGAGGUAAAGGUGAAGACAAAACACACAUAGAUGCUCGUCCUGAUGAGAUCAACAAGAAAGAUAAAACGUCGAAAAAUCACGACGGUUUUAGACAACCGUUGAACCACGACAAAACAAAGAACCCUACACCCAAAACCAACAAACUUCAACCAGAAAAAAAUACAGACAAAACUUUGUCUUCUGUCGUGGGCCGUAUUAAAAAAGCAGGCGACAAAAUGUCUGAGGAAUCAGCGAGGAAACAGCGCGGCACCACAGACUAUAACCAGGUACUCUGGGAACUCAGAGAGCCCCGGCCUCCCCCGUCCCUCACAGACGACGGUCCCCGCCAGGUGGAUCCUCAGGGUGGCCCCAGCGUCGAUGACGUCACUUUCAGGGAUAUCUCGGACUUGGCCUCGACAGAGACCAAAGCAGGGGGUGACAAGUAUAAAAUUAUCUCCCGUGACACCGAGAGAAGGGGGAGAAUCCACCAACCACAGCACAAGUUCCGCAGCAAAAGCUGGAUGCCCAUGAAGCUACACGCCCACAGCCACUACUACCCCGACAUCAAGCACAUCAGUGUUGUCGUCAAGCCCAUCAACUUUGAUAUCCCCAACGAUAAUCUUAACGUCAAGGUACACGUACAUAACACAGAGAUGCCAGACGCAAGCCCUCGCACCAAAACCAGGCGUCUGCACUUGAAGAGGCGCCCACAGUCUAUGUUCCCCUCUAUAAGGCUACAUAGAGACAUCAUAGAGAGACGAGCCUUGAACCCACCCUGGAACACAUCUAUGACGAAAGAGGCUGACGACAGAUACCAGAACACAUUCAAACGUAGCACCGUCCUUUAACCUGUGUCACG